UUGUGUUGUUUAAACUUCGGUCAGACGUUGGAGCGUUAAAUGCCCGUUACAAUUCACCAAGUAGGUUGUUGGUUUUAAGUUUUGAUCUUUAUAAAAGCGUUAAGUCCGCACAUACUGUUCACCACCACAGAAAAAUGCCACGUCGGACCCAUGAUUCCUCUGCCCUUCGCAGGAAGGGCACAACCCCCAAACGUCGUCCCCCACAGCCGUCUCCAGGGCCCUCUGGUUCCAAAUCUCAGCCAAAAAAGACCCCCCCUAAGUCUCCUAAGAAGAGAAGGUUUCGACCAGGGACCAAGGCCUUAAUGGAGAUCCGCAAGUACCAGAAGAGCUCAGAUCUUUUGCUCAGGAGGGGACCCUUUGCUCGCUUGGUUCGUGAGGUGUGCCAGACUUUUUCCGGUACAGCUCUUCAAUGGCAGGUCCACGGUCUUCUUGCCCUGCAGGAGGCUGCUGAGGCAUUUCUGGUCCUGUUACUAUCAGAUGCCAACCUGUGUGCUAUCCACGCUAAACGGGUCACCCUGUUCCCCCGUGACAUUCAACUGGCCAGGAGGAUCCGCGGGGUGGAUAAAAUGUAAACGAAUAGAGAUCGGACCAACAAGCACACUGACAUUCUCUCCAAGUUACCAUGUUAACAUGUCUCCUGUGUAAUAUAUACAGCUUGGUCCUUUCACUUCUGCUAUGUUAGCUUGACCUCUGUUGUUUUAUUUUUUGUAAAUAUUGUUGUCAUUUCAAGUGAACAUUUUGUUAAUAAACAUCAAGAUUUUUUCUAUUGGG